GUCAAAAAAAAUUGCUUGAUAUCUUUCAUCAACAAAAUAUUAAUGUUUUUCUUUGAAACCAAGCAAAAGAUUAGCAAUAAAAACGGCUGAUAUCAGAAAAGGAAGAAAUAAAUAUAUGUCAAUGCUUUACAUACUCACUAAUAGCAUAAAAUCAAUGUUUUUAUAACAAUGGCAGUUUCGGAGGAAGCAACUAGUGAACUGAAUUUUAAAUAUAAAAUCGACUUGACCAGUCUAAUGGACUCCUGUAGAGUUUGUAUGGCUCAAAACCUGAACAUGACUAGUAUAUUUGAAACAGAAAAAGAUAAUACUGUUGAUGAAAUCUACUUUUGUACUGGUAUUACUAUAAAACAAGAAGCAGGUCUACCGACAAAAAUAUGCAACGGUUGUCUAAACAACCUGUCCGUCGCUUUCAAGUUCAAAACUUCCUGCCUCAUAGCCGACGAAACAUUCCGCAAGAUAGCCACCGCACUGAAGAUAAAGACCGAGGACCCAGAGGAACCGGAAGUCAGUGACGUGGAAUACGAGGAGAUAGAAGACUGUAAGGAUGAGGGAGACGAUGGCUUUAAAGAGGAAGUUAAGCAGGAGCCGGAAGAGGUUGAGUUCUGUGGAGUUCGGAAGAGUACUCUGAUUAAAGUGAAGAAGAGUACACCACCAAUAAAAGGCCGUCCGCGGAAGACGGCAGCCUCUCUGAAAGAGCCCCGUCGCCCCAAGCAGUUCAAAUUCAAGCGUCUAUGGUGUGAAACCUGUAACAUGAAGUUUGAAACUAAAGAGGAAAGUGAUGAACAUAAGAGAGAAACUCAUAAGGAUAGCCAGAAUUGGGUUUGUGAGAUAUGCGGUAAAAUAUUCAAUCACCGCGCUUCUCACUACACACAUAUAAAGUCUCACCAGCCGCCGCGAUUCGCGUGUGACCACUGCGAUUACAAGACUUGGCAUAAAUACGACCUCGCCAAGCAUAUUAGAAUACAUACAGGUCUGAAAAUGUACCAAUGCGAGUACUGCACGGCGUCCUACCACACCUCGUCGAACCUGACGAGUCACAUCCGUCGCCUGCACAUGCACGAGAGGACACACGACUGCACCAUAUGUCGCCGCACCUUCUUCGACAAGACCAAGCUUAACCGCCAUCUCCCUCCAUUUCUUCCUCCUCCCUUCCUCCUCCUUCUUCCCUUCCUUCUCCUCCUCCUCCUCCCUCCUUUUCCUCCUCCUCCUUUCUUUUUUCCUCCUUCCUCCUCCGAUUUGAUCCGACUGAUCCGCCGCGCCUGCGGAUCCACUGAGCCGCCGCGAUUUUCAUUUCCGAUAUUGAUCUCCUUGAUCCUGCCGAAGAAGAAUCUAUUCGCAUGCGACAUAUGCCACGCUCACUUCAGCCGCCGCUGUUACUGGAAGAAGCACCUUCUCCGUCAGCACGAUAUCGUCACCCCGCCUCAACGACCAGGGCGACAGAAAACUAACGUCGUCAUAGACGCUCUUACAACAACGAAUGAACAGUUUUACGCAAAAGGGCAGAGUAAAAAGUUAUAGCAAACGGUUUUUGGUUGAAUAAAUAAAUAAAAUGGUUUUUAGGGUUCCGUACUGAAAGGGUAAAACGGGACCCUAUUGUUUUCGCUCCUCUGUCCGUCCGUCACUCACUGUUGAAAUUUUCACAGAUGAUGUAUUGCUGUUGCCGCUAUAACAACAAAUACUGAAAACUAGAAUAAAAUUUAUAUUUUGGGGGGCUCUCAUACAACAAACGUGAUUUUUUUGCAAAUUUUUGCUCGAUGUUGAUAACGGCAACAAGUAGAUGCGGUUUUAUAAAUAAUGGUACGGAACCCUUCGUGCGCGAGUCCAACUCGAACAUGGCUUUUUUCGGAUGGAUACUUACAUAUGUUAUCCAAAAUAUAGUAAUUAUCUGUCAAAAAGGCUGAUAGACACACCAAUUCCAUUAUGUAGUUGAUCAAAAGAUUACUUGCUGGGUCUGGUCUUUCUAAAAUCUACCUCAUGAGGCUAUUAUUAUUAUUCUUUUAUGUGAAGAGGAAUCAAAAUGGGAUGGCAUGGGAACCUAAAAAAAAUGCUUGAUGUAUUAAGAUACUUACUUCGGAAAUAUGUUUAGCAAAAGGCUUGUCUGAUAUUAAAACCAUUGCCCAAUAUCGGACACAUUGCCCAAAGUCUUAUGCUAAACAUAUGGAGCAAUAGAUAUAUAAUUAUCGGCACGAAUCUUGAGCGCUGGCCUUCACCUGCGCAGAAGUGAUUUAUUAGCAAAGAACCAAUCCCGAGUGACGGCUAUGACGCGAUGCGCUGCGGGCCAAUCACCGCUUUAUCCGCGCCUCACUUCAUGCCACAAGAAGGACCCAAUAAAUCACUUCUGCGCAGGUGAAGGUUAGCGAUCAAGAUUCGUGCCGAUGAUUAUAAAGUGAGUGAAAAGGUAUGACUCAAGUGUAAAUUGUUAUGUAUAUACACGUAUAUUGAACUUAAACGCAAUAAUGUAACGUACAAAUAUAUUGUGACUGUACCUAUUUAUAUUAAACAAAUAUUUGUAAAUAAAAAAAAGUAUACCUGAA